CAAAACCCCCGGCCCUGCCGAGCAAUCCAAGAUGGUUUUCGAAUCUAUCUCGAAGAUAAUUAAAGUACAACUUCCGGCCUACCUCAAGAGGCUGCCGCUUCCGGAAACCAUCGGCGGAUUCGCAAGGUUAACAGUGUCAGAGUGGCUGCGGUUGCUGCCGCUCCUUGGUAUCCUGGCCCUGCUGGGCUAUCUGACCAUCCGCCCAUUUCUGCCCAAGAAGAAGAAGCAGAAAGACAGCUUGAUUAACUUGAAGAUCCAGAAGGAGAACCCUAAAGUGGUCAACGAGAUAGACAUCGAGGACCUGAACAGCGCAAACGUGUGUUACUGUCGCUGCUGGCGUUCCAAAACGUUUCCUGUUUGUGACAAGUCUCACUUAAAGCACAAUGAAUUAACCGGAGACAACGUGGGACCACUCAUACUUAAAAAGAAGAUACUUUAA